CCGGCAUGGGUUACUAUGGAUGCCCUUCUCUGUACACAGACUCAGGCCAUCCUGUCUUGCCCAGGCUUCCUGGUCCACAACUCCUUUCCCCACAGAGAAAAUAAAUCUGGGGAAGAAAUACAGUACCCUAGGGAAGCGCACGAGCGAGCAUGGCUCUUCUCUCGGCCAGCUUGCUGCUCUGGCUCUGCUUGCUUUAUCUCCCUCGCUGCUCUACUCCUCAAAUCAUAGGGGACAUGCCUGCUUCGUCUGGCCCGCCAGGGAAAUGCGGAGCCGAAAAAUUCCUCAAUAUUGAGACAGGCCAGUGUGCCUUGUGCGCCCAGAAGCAGGUGAAGAGCCCUGAUGGCUUGGGGUGCAUUUGCAUAGCUGGACUGAAUGGGACAAAUGAGCGACUGCACCCUCUUGACUGCCGCAGCUGUAGCAACCUGCCACCCAGCACCCUGUGGGAGUCCAUGUUCCUUGAUGCCAGUUUCCUGGCUUGCAACAACACCUGCAAUGUGACGGCCUGCCAAAUUCUCACCAACAUGGUCAUUUUGGAAGCAUUCUUUUUACAAAACAGGGCCUACGACCUCUACAGGAAGACCAAAAGCCAAGAACUUCCGAAGCUGUGGUAUGGUAGUCUUGGAGGAAUAUCCCCCCGGAUGGUUUUCGGAAAGACUUCUAAGAUUGACCUCAAGGUUAUAAAAUACAACGUGCACGGAAAGUUCUUAGGCUGGGAAGAUGUGAGACGAGCUACGCUGCAACUCUGCCCGAACAGACAGAGUGUACUGGAUGCUGCAUUUCUGUUUGGAACUUCAUACAAUGAGUCUUGCACCCUCGACGUCUCCGUCCUACUGCAGAGCGUCCCUGAACCCAUCUUUUAUGAGAUGUUCUUGCAAUUUGAGGAUGAGGAAGGAAACACCCGAUUGUGGCAGGUCCCCAUAGAGAAUCCUGCAAUACUUACAAAUAACCAAGCAUCUCUUUCUCAGAAGCUGCAAAGAUUUUUUCUUGUGGACGGACUGUCCGGCAGAAGAGAGAACCUGUCCAAUGCCCCAGCAACUGUUACUCUUGCAGCCGAGCUGCUCCUCAGUGUACACCUGCCAACCGGGACUCCUGGAGACAAUCCCCCUUUCCUACUGACAGUGAAAUACGCAAAGCGGAGCAGUGCUGAAGUCGCCCAGGUGUCGUUUUCAGUCUCUUAUAUUCAGGAUCCUGGAACCGCUCAGCAAGCUACAGAUAUUGCUUUUGGAGCUCUGGGAUUCCUUGCAGUCCUUUAUGCUUUGCUGGAGACCAGCACUUGGGCCCGGCGAUCUCGACUUCCGAACAUAAACUUUAUGAUCAUCGUGAAAUUCUUUGCCUACUUCAGUGGAUCUCUGGCAAAUGUCUUUUUCAUGGUCAGCCUGGGAAUUGGCAUUUAUUGGCUCAUAGUUUUCAAGGGUCAACAGUUUUCUGCAGUUGAGGUGAUGCUGCCUGCUGGUGGUAGCCGAAUAGAAACCAACUUCAUCAUCUACUUGCUGUGUGCUCUUGCAUUAAAGACCUUGGACCUCAUACAUAUCCUGAUAACCCAGUUAACGGUCUCCAUCUUCCUGAUAGACUGGGAGAAGCCAAAGGACAAACAAGUGUUUAAAGCGUCUAUGGGAGAUCAGAGGGCUACUUCCUCUGUGAGCGCCUGGAGAACUUUUCUGAUCGCUAAUGAGUGGAAUGAGAUCCAGACCCACAGGAAAGUGAACGCUUCGCUCCAGUUGUUUGCUGUCUUGCUGCUCCUGGAGGUGGUGGGACUGAAGAACCUCACAUCGAGAGAUCUGAAUGUGAAUCUGCACCUAGGACCAAAUGUCUACCAUGCUCCAUGGAGCCCAAUUCUUCGCUUUGGGAUUGCUGCUUCUGUUUGGCUGGCAGUGGGGAUUGUACAGGUGGUGUUUUCUGUCGGGUUAUACGAGCGGUUUGUAGAGGACAAGAUUCACCAGUUCAUUGAUCUUUGUUCAUUGAGCAAUGUGUCAGUGUUCAUCUUGACGCACAGGUGCUAUGGUUUCUACAUCCAUGGAAGAAGUGUCCAUGGACACGCCGAUGUGGGCAUGGACACCAUGCACUCCUAUCUCAGGAAGGAAGAGGAGAAUCUCUGUGCUCUUAGAGGCUUGGAGGCCUACUCGGACGUGCAAACAUUUGAAGUGCUUCUUACUGAUAGGACUCAGGAGUUCUAUGACAGAAUAACCUUAUCUUUAAUGGAGUUUCCAAGAGGAACCCAUGUGCAGUCUGACCUUCACAAACAGAGACUCAGAAGCUACUAUGCCUUGAACCGCUUCCUGAUAUCUUUUUUGGAACAUAGGUACAGAGAUAUGGACUACGUGGUGAAGGACAAGUUUUUCCUGGAGCGGAUUCUGAACAUGGAAUUCCAAGAGCCAGGGGACAUCUCUGUUCUCUAUAAUGAUGGCAGUGCACUAUUUGGCAGAACCCUUUUCUACAACCAUGAGCUUGUGCUGCUCCUCUUUGAAACCCUUAUCUUCUCUGCUGUGGACUUGGCGGCACAGGAUUUUGUCUUGGCAACAAUUAUCACCUUUGUUGUGCAAAAGCUUUUGCAGAUGCUUCGAAACACCCUUGGAAGGAGGAACCUGGCUGAGAAAACCUUGGUGGAGAAGCAAUUCCUAAUCUAGAAUUGGGCAACAAGUGGUUGCCUGUGAAUCUAUAGGUUCCUGCUGUGGAAUUGCUGCUACUUACUGAAGAAAUUGUGAAGAACCUUGAAUCUGUUCAGCACUAGAACUGUGGUUUGCACAUCUUUUAUCUGAACUAGAAUUCUGCCCUGUAUAUCUGUUCUUCCUGCCGAGAUCCAUCGUCAGAGCAUGUGAAGUAACAUGAGUGCCUCUGAGCAAUGGCUGUGCGUCUUUCCCAAAGCAGCGAUAAAGGGCAACAGCAAGUCUUCAUUAGGGAUGGGGGAGAAAUUCUAUUCAGUUUGCAUUUAAAGCUUAAUCUAUCAAAUUUGCACUUUCCGAAACAAUAUGAGAACUAAAACACGGCCAUCCUUCGAAAUUCACACAUCUGAAUUUUGCAGUGCAGUUCUCCACCAAAAAGUGUUUACAGAAAUGCAUUAUAUUAGGGGGAAAUGUGCAUAAAGUGAAUAUAUUAGUGAAAAUAACAUACAAAAAUGCAUUAUAUUAGAAGAAAUUGCUAGAAAAAAUAUGUACAUCAGUCAAAGCUACAUACAAACAAACAUGUGUUUAUUAGAGCAAAUUCAGACCAACAUGCCGAAGAAUUUUCAUGAGGAUUAAAAAAACAAUCCAGAAAUCACUGCAGAAAUGUGGAGAACUGAAUUUCAGAUUGAAAAAUGAGACACAGAGGAACAGAAGAACCAUCCCUGGGGUGGAUGCUCUCCAGUCCAUUUGCUCCGUGGUCAGUUGCUGAAGUAGAAGAUAACAUUGGACUCACAGGCCAGAUCUGGCCCCCAAUAGUUUGUGGCCCCCAACCCCCCAACAUGUCAUAAAAAAUCAAUUGCUCCUGUGCCCCCCAUGAUGCCAUGACAUCAAAAUACUUUUUCUAGCCCUCCUCUUUUUCCCCAUUUUUAAAAUCUUAAUUUUUUAAAAAAAUAAUAACUGCUCCAUACUGUGAUGCCAAAAGGAUUUUGUCACCCUCUAAUUCCCCUGUGUCAUUAAAAAAAAGUCAUUUCUUCAUUUUACUGACCAGUUCUGUGGGUCCUUGCUGUGAUUUGUAUAAAGCCAAAAGGUUUUU